AUGAAAGCAAUCAAAAUAGUUUUUGACGGGGAAACGGUUGGCGUUUUGCCAGCGUUUAAUGAGGGAGAUACUUUGUCAAACCUUCGCGAUGAAAUUUCAGACGAUUUGGGCCUGAAGAGCUUUGUGUACCUGUAUGAAGACUUGCCAAUUGAAUUAAGCAAGGAAAGCAUUCUUAAAGUCGAAUGCGUUGCAAAACAAGUUAGCGGAGAAAACGAAUGCUUAUCCAUUGAGCUUACUUCUGGCGAUCGACCCCCACAAGGCGACCGCGAUUCAACGAAAUUAAAAACAAAUAUUGGACAAACAAACAUGUUUUUGCGACGUCCAAGUUCUUGGGAAGUACGAGGUAUAAAGAUUUACACAACUCAAGACAUUGAAGUGGCAAAGGGAAUGGAGAAACAAAGACGCCUUUUCUGGAAUGACACGGCGAAAAAGCUGGGCAAAGAAACGAAAAAGUCUAAACAGGAUAUUGCACAAAUUAUUAAUGAGGCCUGGAGGAAAGAGCAAACCGGCUUAUUGAUUGGGGAAAGUAAAGAUUUACUAAAUGCAGCUGAAGACAUGCAUGCAAAAGAGA